ACUACUUAGACUACUAAGGAGAGUGAGAGAGAGCUAUAUUCCAAAACACUGCAUCUUCAGACUUCAAACUCUCCACCAUGCCCAACUCCAAAAUUUUCUUCUUCCUUCCCUUUUUCUUUUCCUUCAUUGCCGCGGAAUCCGUCGGCUUCGCCCGGAGGAUCUCCCCAAGAUCUUUGGGCUUUCAUGAGGAGAAACUCACCCACCUCCACUUCUUUUUCCACGACGUCGUUAGUGGGCCAAAGCCCACUAUGCGCAUCAUUGCCGAGCCCGAGGGAAGGGCAAAAGACACAUUUCCCUUCGGGACUACGGUAAUUAUAGAAGACCCACUAACCGCUGGGCCGGAACCGGAGUCAAAGCUGAUAGGAAAGGCCCAAGGGCUAUACACGUCAAUUUCGCAAGUGGAAAUGGCCCUAAUGAUGGUGAUGACGUUUGCAUUCACGGAAGGAGAAUUCAAUGGAAGCACACUCAGCGUUUUGGGGCGUAACAACGUUGAGCUACCCGUUAGAGAGAUGCCAAUCGUUGGUGGAACUGGUGUGUUCCAAUUCGCACGUGGGAUUGCUAGGACCAAUUUCGUUACGGUUGAUUUCUCAAAAGGUGAUGCUAUUGUGGAAUACAAUGUUUAUGUGUACCACUACUUAACCCCUCUUCUUCAUUCAUCAUCUUCAAAUCCUGAUCAUUUUAAAGAGGGCCUUGAAUAUAUGGUAGAUCCUUUAUUGGCCAAGAUCGAACCUACAGUUAACUGAACAAAUGAAAUUACACAAGUGGUUUAGUUUAGGUUAGGGCAAAAUCGUCAUGUUCUCCAGAAAUAAAGAUUAGUGAAUUAUCAAGUCA